AGAUGAGAAGACUACGUUUGUUGGUAGUACUGUAGUGAUAAUUUGGAGCUAAUGAUCUCUCCUUCGCCGCUCUCGCGUCGCGUGCAAGAAGACCUUCACCAUCGUAGCCGUGAUGUUUGCUGCGCAGACGGAUAGCAUCGUGAAAAUGACCUCAGCACAAAAGUGGAGACUGGAAGAUGUCUUCAAGUGGUCUCCUAUACGUUUUGCAGAGGAGACAAAUGCGUGGGAAUGGAUAGAGAAAAUGUUGGAAAACGGGUUGUCAGCAAAGGAUCUCACAACCACGAAGAGGAAGCUGUCCGAUUUGGAGACGGCAGUCGCGUUAGUGCACGUCUUCUGCACGGGCGGUUACCUGCGGCUGCUGCGGCUCGCACUGUCAGUGGACCCGAGAUUGUCAUCGGCGAGUCUAGACGGGAAGGGAUCGACGCCGCUGCACGUGGCAGCCGCGAACAGGAGAGACGCUGCAGUGCGGCUGCUGCUGGACGCGGGCGCCGACUGGGAGGAGAGAGACGGCCUCGGGCGCACGCCGCUCCACGUGGCCGCCGCCAGUGGCAGCAUCCACGCCUUCCGGCUGCUGCUGGAUGCCGGGGUUGACCCAGAGGUUCGGGACGCUGAAGGAAACACGGCGGUGCACUUCGCUAGCGAAGUUGGCCACACGGGUAUCCUCAAGGCGCUGUACGAGAGGGGCGUGUCGCGCUGUCUGGUCAAGCUGCAGCUACUCUUGUCAGCUGAGAGUUGCAACGUGGAGGGCGUGCGCCUCGCUCUGAAGCAGACUUCCAGCUGGGGUGGCGCAUGGAGUGACUUGCACUGCGUGGCGAUCAAGGGCAGUGGCACGGCUGUGAGGACGAUGCUGGCUGCCGGCGUCGACCCGAACGCCCGCGACGCUAACGGCGACACCCCGCUGCACGCCGUGGCGGCCGCGGGCUGCCCGGGGGCGGCGGAGGCGCUGGUGGAGGCCGGCGCAGACGUGGACGCGGCCGACUCGAGCGGCUCGACGCCGCUGCACUACGCGGUGCGCGUCGGUAACCUGCAGGUGGCGCGCGUGCUGCUGGCCGCGGGCGCCGACGUGGAGGCUCGCGACGCCGAGGGCGACACGCCGCUGCUGCGCGCCGCCGCCAGGGGCUGCCCCGACGCCGUGGCCGCACUCGUCGCCGCCGGUGCCAGGACCGACGCCACUGACGCCGCCGGCAGGACCGCCGCACAGGUGGCCAGGCUGGUCGGCUACAACGGGCUCAUCAGUGCCCUACUGGACCGCGCUGACAACCGCAUUCCUUACGCCGUCGAUAAAGCGCCGAACGCUGCCAAUGUGAUCCUGCGUACAGAGGGACUCGUAGAUGUGUCUUAAAACAGAGCUGCUUACUGAAUGGCACCUUCUCACAGUUGUUAUGUACGAGGGGCGUUCAAUAAGUAAUGCAAUACAUUCUUUUUCUGAAAGCAGGUUGGUUUUAUUCAGGAUUCCAUACACCAUAUUAUUCCCCACUCCUUUGGCAACAAAACCCUGUUUUUCAUCAUAAUUUCCGGUCAAUGCGACGCCAUACGCCACCUUACUGGGACGGACCGUACUCCAGCAAGGUACCAUUCUACAGGUCGACGUGGCAGCCAACGUCUUGCUGCAUCAGUAUCGUCCCUGUCAUUCACGAACUGCUUCUUGCGGAGUCCAUCCCUUAUUGGCUCAAACAAGUGGAUGUCAGAAAGUGCGAGAUCUGGGCUGUGGGAUGGAUGACGAAGAACAGUCCAAUGAACUUUUGUGGGCUCCUCCCAUGUGUGUAGACUUGUGUCAGGCCUUGCGGUCUUGUCGAAAAGGAGGAAUUCGUUUGCAUAUUUGUGGCGACGAACACACUGAAGACCAACAUUGCAGGAGUCACAGCUGUGUGCGGCCAGGUGGCAUGUGGAACUGGUUUUCGCGAUCUUAUUGCGACGAUGACAGACGUCGCGCCCAACGACUCACCGUGCUUUUGUUCAUUGCGAUGUCUCCAUAGGCAUUCUUCAAGUGCCUAUGAAUAUCUAUUUUCCGUGGUUUUCUGCCAAGAGGAACUCAAUGACAGUUUUGUGCUCGGAACGCACCUCCUGUACCAACACUAUAUUGAUGGCUACUUGUUGUGCCGUCACCUACUGGAAAUUCAUGAAACUAUAGGGGCUGAAGCGGGAAAAUCCCACGAUGUCCCGCAACAAAUUCCGCAGUUUGUCAACAGAAAUUGGCCGAGAAAAAUGUACUGCAUUACUUACUGAACGCUCCUCUUAGCUCUACGAAACCAUUAUCACAUUGAUCAUUAGAAAUCCAACCAUUCCCUCUUCGAAAAUUUUCCUCCUACCUAAAUAUUACCCACCACUUCCAAUUAAAUGGCAUUACUGGUAUAUUGCAGCACCAACACCAAUAAAUCCUCCCAACCCAUGACGCACAAACUCUUCGCAUCCAGUCACAACGCAAAUCCGGCUCACACUUCGAAACUUCAUGAGAUGUACCAUCUAAUGACAUUAGUUUCCCCCUGUUUUUGUUGGCCUCCUACAUUCUCGGACGUACCACUUUGUAUCUCAUCUCAUCAUUUCGUACCCUCUCUCCUGAAAUAAUUACCCUCUCCAGGCCGUAUCAAAAUAGUCUUUCUCUACUCGGAUCUCGUUUAUGUCCGUGGCAUCUUACGUCUUGUAACUUAUCCUCUUCCCGUGUACAGGGUGUCCCAGGAGGAAUGGUCAGCAUUCAGGGAUGUGACAGAAGCGAUCGUUUCAAGCACAAAAAAAGAAAGAAAGAAAAGGAAAAAAAUAGAAAUUCUUAUCGACUAACGCUCUAUUCCAACUUGUUUCAGAGAGGUAUAACCCAUUUAAUGUACGUCGUUGUUUAUUUCCUAUACUGUUCAGUACGUUGUCAGGUUUACACACGUACAAGAAUCAGUAAAUAUAAAACAUGUGGUUUACAAAGCAACAAUUGAAGAACAUGUAUUUUUAACUAAUUCACCUUCAAUGAUUAUCGUACGUACCGUAUUGUACAAUUCACAAUAAAUAUUCAAGUAUAUCAAAUGCAUUUGUGCACUUUUGAAAGAACAUGUUGUUUUGCUUGUCUGAGUGCAUCUGUACUUCGCCUAACUAGGUCGGUAGCGUCCAUGAUCUUAUCUGGUAUAUUCAUGUGUCGUUUGUACACUAUAUACCUUACCCAGCCUCAUGAACAAAAAUCGAAUGGCAUGAGAUCUGGCGAUCUUGGUGGCCAGUUAACUGUACUACCACGACCAAUCGACCUAUUGGUGUAGAUGUUCCCGCAAACAUCUGGUAAAAUGUUGAGAGACUUCGUCAUGCUGAAUGUACAUCGCAAUCCGCGUACCUAAAGAUACCUUAUCGAGGUGUAUAACAAACGAGUUAAAAAGAAAAUGCAAGUAAUUCUGUCCCGUCAUUCGCUCCUGUUGAAUGACCGGAUCUAUGAAUAUGUUACCGAUCAUGUCGCACCUAACAUUGAUCGAAAAACGCAUUUGGAAUUAGGUUACCACUGCAGCACAUGGGUUUUCCUUUGACCACCAAUGAUUAUUAAGUGGGUUGUUGGGAGAGCAAGACACAUACAUGCGCGCCACUAGCCGAAAAAUAAGUGUACAUUAAAUGUGUCCUACGUCAGAAACGAUCCAGAAUGGGGCAUAUGCCAUAUGAAGUUAUGUGUUUGAAAUGAGGGCCCCUGUCAUAUCCCUGAAUAUUGACUGUUCCUUCAGAUAUACCCUGUACAUCACCACAUUUAACCGCAGUAUAGCAUCCUCCCUGUCGGUGCCCUACAUCUGCACUUUCUUGGUGCAAUUUCGCCACUAGAUUAUCAUUUGAUCAAUACCACUCACUUCAUCACUUGUAAAUGUCGGUAAUGAUAAUCCUGAUGACAAAUAGGUUAACAUGUGGUACAUAUUAGAUGCUAUUGUCCACUGUCUGAAGUAAACAAAUGUCUCAUUUCAGACUUUCACUGCUAUUUUUCUUGAUUUGAAGCAUCUCUCUGGUGAUGAAUAGAAUAUUUGCUGAGCUUACCACUUAAUAAUAAUCAAGAAAAAUAAUUUAACACUUAACAAGAUAUGCCGGCAAUCAUACACCUCCACAAUCCACGCCCUAUCGCGGUUGAAUGCAACUAACAGCUGCUUCAGGACCAUUAAAUUCGUCUUGGCAUCAACACAUCGAAUCGCAUAAAACGCAGUGUGUAUCUUUCUCCGCAGCUGGACUUGUUUCCAUCCCUUCCGCUCAUAAGGCUUAUGUUUAGACGUUAAGUUAAAUUAUCUCACCCCCUCUCUGUCAAAUCCUUGCUACUGUCCAUAUUUUCAUGCGAAACGCACACAUCGCUAUUGAUGUACAUGUCUUACAGUUUAUUCAGACGCAGCCUUCCUUUUUUCCGACUCGCUAUGCCUAUGACGCAAGUCCUCAACCCUACAUUGACACACAGAUCAACAUUGUUCUCAUCCUGCAUUUGAAUCAUAUUAUGUAAUUCACACAUGUAACAAAUCACCACAUACUACAUGUAAAUCACAAAAUAAGAAUUAAUUUUAUUCCAAUGUAUGGGAUUAAUACCAAUAUUUCAAAUUUUUAACAUAUGUUGUAAUUAGUUUUAAAAACUUGGUCGAAGAACAGUUGUAUAAUUGUGCCCAUGACAAACCACAACGGGCAAAGAAGGAUGAAACAGCAAUUAAUAAAAUCUAAUGGUAACAUGUU